AUGGCAGAGACAAACCGACAGCUAUCAGCAAGUUUGGCUCGUCAAAAUCUUCCAAAGUGCCAUCCCGACGUGUUUAGUGGUGAUUUUGCAAUGUUUCACGCUUGGAAGAAAGCAUUCCAGGCUACGAUUUACGAUGCCGAAAUAUCGCCAGAACAGGGGAUAAACUACUUACAUAAAUAUACAUCUGGAGAACCCCAGAAACUUAUCGACAAUUAUCGUAAGCGAAUAGAUGACAACCAAUUUAAAGUUAUUAAAGAACAGUGGAGCGAGAUGGAGAGACGCUUUGGAAACGUAGCUGCAAUCACGAACGCCCUCCUUCAACGCCUCGAGGAUGCCUCACGGUUCGGUGAGAAAGAUGCGAAGAAACUUAAGGAAUUCUCAGAUCUCUGCGAUAACGUGAGCGACCAGAUGAAGCAACUCCCUGGCCUCAAAUGUCUUAACUACCCGAAUGUCAUUCGCCCAUUGGUCAUGAAACUGCCAGGUCAUUUACAGCGAAAAUGGGAUGAGCGAGUCGUGGAAUUUGCCUCUACGAAUUACGAUCUAUAUCCGAUCUACUUCGAAGUGUUCGCUAGAGAAGUUCGAAAGUACGCGCGACUAAAAAACCACCCGAACGUUACAGUAUAUGAGAAUAUGAGAACAGACAUCCCUCGAUCGGGAAGAAAAGAUCGAUACAAAGACGAAGAUCACAGAAUUUUAAAAGGGAACACCGAAAGCCCGAGUCCUAGCAGCGAAGAAAAACAUUGUUAGUUCCACGAUCGUCAAGGUCACGACAUCUUAGAGUGCAAAGCUUUCGCAAGGAAGACUUUACAACAAAGAUCGGAUUGGACGAAAAAGUCGGGUCUCUGCUUUCGAUGCUUCGCUAAAGGUCAUACUGCAAAGAACUGUAAAGUACCGGUAAAAUGCCAGAAAUGUGACAGUGCACGACACUUGACACUGUUUCACUUUGAACAACAGAAAAAACCAGGAAGGGAAGACCAGAAAGAAGAAGUAACAUCGUCUUGUACCGAACUAUGUUCAGGAACACAAGGACUUUCGUGUAGCAAGAUUGUCCUAUUAGACGUUUUCCUCGAACGAGAACCAGAUAAAGUGCAUCGAGUUUAUGCUAUCAUAGACGAACAAAGCAACGCUUCUAUGAUAACCCCAAAGUUAGCAGAUAAGCUUGGAUGUACCGGCCCAAGAGAGAAAUACCUUCUGUCUACGUGUGGUGCAUCUACGUGUGUUUCGUACUCAAAGUAA